AUGAACGACUCCAUUGGAACUUACCAUGCAUUGAAUGCCACUAACACAACACUGUUUCCAAAUGAGCCGCAAGAUGACAAAUGGCGUCACUUUCGUUAUCUGCUCAUUGCUGUUGCUGAAGCUGUCAUAACUAUGACAGCCUUAGUUGGCAACUUCACUGUGGUGUAUGCUUUUAUUUUCUACAAGAGACUUCGAACAAGCGUAACAAAUUACUUCAUAAUAUCAUUGGCAGUAUCGGAUAUUUUGACUUCGGGACUCGUCAUAUCAUUCAAGUUGGACUCUGAUAUAAGGGAGAGUGGGUGGAAACAUGGUGAGUUCAUGUGCAAUCUUUACACCACAAUGUAUUUACUCGCUGUGCCGAGUUCAGUUAUUAACUUGUGUGCUGUGACUGUGGACCGAUAUUUAGUAUUGAGGAUGCCUUUGCGUUACAACUCCUUGAUGCCACCUCGUAGAGCUGUUCUAAUAAUCGCCUGCCUUUGGAUUUAUGCCAUCAUUUGGGCCUGUCUUCCUGUGAUGGGAUGGAAAGAAGAUUUCCCGGCUAUUUCUAAUGGCAGUUGCUAUUUCUUAUCGACAAGAGAGUACAAUAUCACAGUGAAUAUCGUCAAUUUCCUGGUUCCAAUGAUAUUUAUGGCGGUAUUCUGGUCACGUAUCUAUGCAAUCGUUCUUCAUCACAUCAAAAGGACCAUAAAAACGGACCAAUUUCUGAACGCAAAUGACUCGUCUAACAUAAGCAAUAUUCAUUGCACAGAUCAAGAUGCUCCACCUAAUCUACUUACUCUGGCAAGUAAAGAGAAGAAGAUGCGGCGACGUUUUCGAGGUUCACGGUACAUUGGAUUUAUUGUUAUGCUGUUUUACUUCUGCUGGUUGCCUUACGUAUCAUUAAGUCUUAUUGGAAACAUGUUUACGGAACAAGUAUAUAUUCCUCGCCUACUCUUUGAGGUGUUUCUGACGCUGGGUUUCCUGAACUCUGCACUGAACCCAUUCUUGUAUCCAUUUCACGACAAGCAUUUCAAAGGAGCCUUCAGAGACAUGUGGAAAAGGGUGAGAACCAAGUCGUUGCUUAAAAACAUUUGCCCAAAAGAGGAAGUU